AUGUUAGCGUUGUUGGACUACCUGUUCACGGACAACAAGUACACCAGCGCAUUAAUUAGCGGCAUGGCCGUUUUAGGUAUUAGCCAGCAAUGCGGUUGGGAAAGCGCGUUAAUAUACACGCCUAAGAUUGCAGCUAUUAUUAAUAUAUCCCGUAUAUUGGUUUUAUAUCAGGCCAUAAAAAUGCGUAAAGAGCGCGCGGCGGAUAUAUAA